AUGCGCUUCAUCUCUCCAAGCUGCCUAGUUGCUGGUUUCCUUGGUACUCUCAUCCGUUCCGUUCUUGCGGUUCCUGGUGUGGUUCAAGGUAUCAACGUCCCGCCUCACACCAUUGUGGGCCAAGACUUCGUUGCCCAUGUCCUAUUUCAACAUGGUCCAGCAAAUUCUCAGACGUCAGAGAUAAUCUGGGCAAUAAGCAACGGCGGGACAACUUCAGGGAUCCAGUUGGGAGAUAUCGUCGGCCGUACCUACUUCCAGGAUGGAGGCUCGUUCCAGCAUAGCCGUGAAGUCUUGCUCAAGGUACCUUAUGGAGUCCCCACCGGGGCCUCACAGCUGGUAGCAGCCGUCUUCUACACUGACGGGUACGACUAUCCUCCAGUGGUUCAUUUCGGUCAAGUGUAUGACAAUACAACUCUCACCACUCGGGCUUAA